CUGUCUGUAAUUAAUUACCUUAUUCACUGAAUAACCCUUGGGGCUUCGCGACUUUGAAUUCCGCUUCCCUUCACCACCCUCGCGUCUCCCUCCUCGCGCCUCCUCCCCCCGCUACCAUAGUCCGUCUACCUCUCCCGAAUACCUAGCGACUGUCGCGUCUAGCUCCAGCAAGGCGGAUUGGCUCUCUCUGUCGUCCAUCUCCCCUGAAAAUGAGCUCGCAAUAGCUACCAUGUCCCAUGCCCGACCCAAUGGAACCUCCAGUGACGCCGACGCCCUUAGCGGUCGGUCCGGCACGGUGACGUCCUCCGACGAGAACCGGUCCCUCCUCGCCGACGACGCCCUUGCCGACGUUCAUGCGAACAAUGCGACCGACACCGAGACGCGGGCCGCAAGCCCUCGAGACUCGACAGCUCCUCCUGCCAAGGCCCAGCCCCAGCGCCAGCGCCAGCGCACCCCGAGCCACGUCCAUUUCGACCCCAAUCCAUCCAUUAUCGAGCCCACUCAUCGCUCCUCCUCGUCCUCUCCGAACGAUGGACCUCGUCGCGACAGCGGCAGCCUGAGCAGUUUCGACAUCGAAGACCCCCUCGACUUCGAUAAUGACGGCCAUGGAGGCCACCGCCACCCCCGGGAACGGGAACAGCGUCACCCGCUACUCACCGACAUCGAGGCCCCCUCCGUCACACUCGCCAACACGCCCUGGGGCGGGGGCGACGACGAGGACGUGCAAGAAUGGGCCGACCAGGAACUCCGCCGCCCCAAGUCGGGGCAGCGCAUGGCCUUCAUGAACAUGGCCAACUCGAUCAUCGGCGCCGGCAUCAUCGGCCAGCCGUACGCCUUCAAGCAGGCCGGCCUGCUCGCCGGCCUGGUGCUCCUCGUCGGGCUCACCUUCGUCGUCGACUGGACCAUCUGCCUCAUCGUCAUCAACAGCAAGCUCAGCGGGAGCAGCAACUUCCAGGGCACCGUCGAGCACUGCUUCGGCCGCCCGGGCCUCAUCGCCAUUUCGCUGGCCCAGUGGAUUUUCGCGUUUGGCGGCAUGGUUGCCUUUGGUGUCAUUGUGGGGGACUCGAUCCCGCACGUCCUGACGGCUAUUUGGCCCGGCCUGCGGGAUGUGCCUGUCCUGGGGCUCCUGGCGAACCGGCAGGUCGUCAUCGCCGUGUUUGUGUUGGGUGUAAGCUAUCCUUUGAGUUUGUAUCGGGAUAUAGCAAAGCUGGCCAAGGCGAGCACCAUGGCUCUUGUGAGCAUGGGGGUUAUUGUGGUGACGGUGCUCGUCCAGGGUGCGCUGACACCAAAGGAAGAGAGGGGGUCGUUCACCCCCAACUUGCUCACCAUUAACAGCGGCAUCUUCGAGGCCAUUGGCGUGAUAUCCUUCGCCUUCGUAUGCCAUCACAACUCGCUGCUCAUCUACGGCUCCCUCAAAACGCCCACCAUCGACCGCUUCUCCCGCGUGACGCACUACUCGACGGGCAUCUCCAUGGUCUUCUGCCUCCUCAUGGCCGUCGGCGGCUUCCUCGUCUUCGGCGACCGCACGCUGGGCAACGUGCUCAACAACUUCCCCGCCGACAACGUCAUGGUGACGGUGGCGCGGCUGUGCUUCGGCCUCAACAUGCUGACGACGCUGCCGCUCGAGGCCUUCGUGUGCCGCGAGGUCAUGCUCACCUACUACUUCCCCGGCGAGCCCUUCAACAUGAACCUGCACCUCAUCCUCACCACCAGCCUCGUCGUGUCGGCCAUGGUUAUCAGUUUGCUGACCUGUGACGUUGGCGUCGUGUUUGAGCUGGUGGGCUCGACGAGCGCUUGUGCCAUGGCGUACAUUCUUCCCCCGCUGUGCUACAUGAAGCUGGCGUCGCGGUCUUGGAGGACCUAUGUGGCCGGGGCCGUGGCGGUGUUUGGUAGCCUGGUGUUGGUGAUCAGCUUGGUGCAGGCGGUGUGGAAGUUGGCCAACAGCGACGGAGGUCCAGCUAAGUGCAUGUAAUGAGGUAGGUAACUUUGAGGGUUUUGCUUUUCCACGUCACACAGAAAUGGACAAUACAUGAGUUUGGGGGACGCCAGCAGGCUGUCUGUGUUCUGUAUAUCUAUCCGUAUAUACACCUUGUACGGUGUGAGGACUUUCCAUGGGCGUCUUCUGAAUUUGGACUGCAAGGUGAGGCAUGGCGAGGCGUAGUGUAAGACUUAAACCUCGUUACCUUAGGUAUGGACCUUUUCACGCUGUACGGAG